AUGUCCCAACCCACCUCCAAUCAACCCUUCCAAACUCCUGAUGCCGCCGCCCAAGUCGCCGGACACUCCUCCUCCCAUCCCACCCGCACCACCGAACUCACCAGUCUUAAAGUAAGGCUGCGCUCCGCUCUGCGCCAAUUCCCUGACUUCCCCUCCCCCGGUAUCCUGUUCGAGGAUAUCCUCCCUAUCUUUGCCGACCCCGUCUUGCAUGAGUCCCUCCUUCGCUGCCUCGAGCUGCAUCUCCUCGAGGCCCAUGCCGACCAGAAGCCCGACGUUAUUGUCGGCCUCGAGGCUCGAGGCUUCCUUUUCGGCCCUAGUCUUGCCCUGAGACUUGGCGCCAGCUUCGUCCCCGUGCGCAAGAAGGGGAAGCUCCCCGGUCCCUGUGAGACCCAGGGCUACGAGAAGGAGUACGGCCAGGACUUUUUCCAGAUGCAGGCGGAUGCAAUCAAACCCGGCCAGAAGGUCCUCGUCGUGGACGAUAUCAUCGCAACCGGCGGCUCGGCCUAUGCGGCAGGUGAACUGAUCAAAAAAAUGGGAGGAGUACUCAUGGCCUUCGUCUUCAUCCUCGAACUCGAAUUCCUCAAGGGACGGGAUAAGCUCGGUGGUCCGGUAUACACACUUCUGUCUGGCCAAGAGAAAAAUUUUUAA